AUGGUCAGGAGAGAUCUCAUUGUUCAACGGUCUGUUGAUGAAAACCAGAUGAAUUCAGUUUGCGACAUCCUGCUACUGCUGAGUGAAGUGGGCUUGCUGAAGGCUGUCUCAUCUAUUUGUCCGUAUUCGAAGUUCCUCACGUAUGAAUUCUACUGUAAUCUCAAUGAAGAGAUAGACAAUUUGACUGGGCCACGACCAAUGCAAAUCUUCAUUCGAGGUAAAUGGUACGUCUUUGGUCCUGACAUGAUCAAUGAAUACUAUGGCUUGUCAGCGGUGCACGAAGAAGCAAUCACUGACUGGGAUUCAGUGGCCAAGACCCUAACCGGUGGACAGACUGAUACACGGCCUUCUGGUGACAAGGAUUAUCUACCCAGCUCUCAGCUCACCUCAAAAUAUGUCAUAUUGCAUCGUCUUGCGCUUCACAACUGGCUUCCAUCAGCUCAUUUCCAUACCAUGAGCAAGCAAUUGGCAGGUCUCUUGUUUCGAAUUGGAACAAAAAUGGCGUUUGAUUUGAGGGCCUGGAUUUAUAAUCAUAUCCUCACCUUGAUCCAUCCACGUGAACAGAAGGUAAGGCUACCCUUCCCUAAUCUGAUUUUUGGAGUGCUAACAACUCAGGGCCUUGAGCCAAUGCCAAGUGAGGUGAUAAGUCCGACUCUACUCUAUACUGUUGACCGUCGUCUUUUGACUGGAGACCAUAUUUGUGAUGUUACACCGGUGAUUGCUCCCUCCAAUUCUGAAGCUGAUACAGUGGCUGAUGAUUCGCCGCAUGCAAGGGAUCUCCAACUCUCUAUUCAAUUGAAGGCAAGGGUCUCUGAGCUUGAGACUGUUCACGGCAUAAUUGCGAGGCAACUGACAGGGGCUCGUACUGAAUUGGCCACCGUUCUUCUUCGUUUAAGCUUGUGGAAUUUUCCAGGGAUCAGCGGAGAUAUGUCGAGCCAGUGCAAGCAUUUGUCUAUGUUCUUUGUCUGUGAGCCCUUCAAGGAGAAAAACAUCCGCUUUGAUUGUGGCAAGAACCCUAUCAGUAGCUUCAGGGGAUACGUGAGACUCGGCAUCAAUGAUCUUGCGGAAGAGAGUCACCCUUUCAGAUCGAGAAACGAAGGUGAGAAAAGGAUUUUCCAUGUGAGGAGCUUGAUUGAAUAA